CCGGCGGCACCGCCCCCGCCUUCCUGGUCUCCUUCGAGGUCCGCAAACCCGAGGGCGUCCUGGGCCUGUUGGAGCUGGGUCCGCUUCGUUCCACGCAGCGAGUGGUGUGGGGCCGCUCGCCCGAUUGCGAUGUGGUGGCGGAGCACGGCAGCAUCAGCCGGCAGCACGCGGCGGUCAGCGUGGACCGGAGCGGCGCGGUGUUCGUGACGGACCUGCAAAGCGGCCACGGCACCAAGGUGGGCGACAUGUGGAUCAAACCCAACGCGCCCCGCCAGCUGCAACCCGGGCAGGCGGUCAGCCUGGGGGCCAGCACUAGGAGCUACAAGCUGCUGGCGGUGGAGAGGGCG